AUGAAAGACCAAGCUGGUGUAGCCCCACCAGAGAUUGUCUCACUGGAAGAAACUUCAUUUCCUUCAAUAAAACCAAAUAUUUUAUCAUCUGGUGCAUCCUAUGUACACUUUUCAGAUGUGCCACCCUAUCUCCUAGGCGACGAGACUUUACAAAAGUAUGAAUCACUGUCAAGCCUGGGUCCAGAAUGUAUGUUAGGAAUCGAUGAAGCCGGUCGUGGACCAGUCCUAGGACCCAUGGUGUACGGAAUUUUUUACUUGCCUUUGACACUUUCAGACUCAUUACUACGAAAAAAACACCGAUUUGAUGACUCAAAAGUAUUAACUCCAACUUUUCGUCUCAAUCUGAUGCGUCAAAUAUGUACACCUGAAACGGACUUGUUCCGCCAAUGCGGAUGGGCUGUUGACGUAAUUUCUGCACAAGAUAUUAGUUCAAACAUGUUUAAGCCAACGGGAGCUUACAAUCUGAAUGCCCAAGCUAUGGAUGCGACGAUUUCCUUAAUAAAGGGCGUUUACGAGAGAGGAGUUAAUGUUAAAGAGAUCUAUAUUGACACAAUUGGAAAUCCCGAGACAUACCAGAAAAAACUGGAAAAGAUUUUUCCUACCGCAAAUAUUACUGUUGCUAAAAAAGCAGACAGUCUUUACCCCUGUGUUAGCGCAGCCAGUGUAUGUGCAAAAGUAACAAGAGAUGUUGCACUAGAGGUUCUCUACAAUAACUUUAUAAUGGGUAAGGCAGGAGAAAAUGCAAUAACUAAUGAGGCCGAAUUGUCUUGGGGAUCAGGUUAUCCAUCGGAUGCGAAGUGUACUUCAUGGUUAAAAAAAAAUAUUCACCCAGUAUUUGGCUGGGGCAACGAAUGUCGAUUUAGCUGGGGAACUGUUAAAGAUCUAUUAGAUCAGAAAAGCUUGGCCGUGAAGGUUGACUGGCCCGAUGAACCGGAGGAGUUAGAUACGAGUCGAUUGACUGACUACUUUAAUAAUACGAAUGGGAAAGAUACGGAUGAGUUGGCAACAUGGUUUGGGACACCUGUUGGAACAGAGUUUUUCUGA